GCAAUUUGAGUGGAAUGAACUCCAUUAUUACUAGUAUGCGAUAUGAGGGGCAACUGUGGGUGGUGGCAAAAGGAAGAGAUAUGUUUUAUGACCAACUGCUUUAUCUUGUGAAUAGCAUAGACCUUGCAAGUAAUAACCUUUCUGGAGAUAUGCCUGAAGGGUUAACAAAUCUUUCAAGGUUGGGCACUUUGAACUUGUCUAUGAACCAUCUCACAGGAAAGAUACCAGCCAGCAUUGGAAGCUUGCAGUGGCUUGAGACUCUUGACCUCUCAAGAAACCAGCUUACUGGCACAAUCCCACCAAGCAUGGCCUCCAUAACUGCAUUGAAUCACUUGAACCUUUCACACAACCACCUUUCAGGUCCAAUUCCAACAACCAACCAGUUCCAGACAUUCAUUGAUCCAUCCAUUUAUGAAGAUAAUAUUGGACUUUGUGGCCCACCAUUGCCAACCAAGUGCAGCACUGAUGAUGGAUCCUCAUCACAUCUUCCCGGUAAAGGAAAAACAAAAAACGGAGAAGCAAAAGGCAAUCAAAAGCUUGGGUUUUACAUCAGUUUGGUGCUGGGAUUUGUUGUAGGAUUUUGGGGAGUAUGUGGAACUCUGGUAAUAAAGAAUUCCUGGAGGCAUGCCUAUUUUAAGUUCUUUGAUGAUAUGAAAGAAAGAGUGCUUCUGUUUGUGUCACUGAAGUUAGCCAGCCGCCAAGGAGGCAGAUGAACAGCGAAGAAAAGUGAGGCCAAGUGAAAUUAGUUGCGAGUUACAUAAGCAUGUUCCAAGAGAAGGUGUUGCUUAUAUUUCUUCUUUCCCUUUUUAUGCUGACAGUCUAUGGCUGUUUUCGAUGUGGUAUUUUCCCUGUUAUAAAUGAAAUGUGUUUCC